CAGGCUCACAGCUUUGCAGGCUGGAGCAGAGAGGAGUUAUCUAAGGUGCCGAAGUAAAGGAAGCUGUUGCCUACCAAGAGGCUCCUGUCUUGCUAUUGUUCCCCCUCCCAGGAUUCCAUCAUUUAAAAAAGGGGCUGAACUUAAAAAAAAAUUGCCAUAAAUAGUCAUUUUUAACCCAAAAAGGGGUGAAUUGAUUUGCAAAAACUCUCUGAAGUUUUGCAACUAGAGCUUUUAAAAAAGUCAUAGUUGCCUAAAACCUCUAGAUCGUGACUCAAAACCACUCCGCUUUCAAAAAAAAAAAAAUCUCUUUUUUGGGGGGGAGAGACAAGUCAUUGCAACCAGUCACCAUGGUGGUGUUCAAGAAGAUCAAGACCUUCGAGAUCGUCUUCAGCGAGCCUGACAAGGUCUUCUGCAGUGGAGAGAAGGUAGCCGGCCGUGUGCUGGUGGAAGUGACCGAAGUCACCCGGGUCAGCUCAGUUAGAGUGCUGGCUUGUGGGGAGGCCAGGGUGGUGUGGAUCAAGGGACCCCAACAAUGCAAGCAGGAGAUGGAGUACCUGCGCUAUGAAGAUGUCCUCACCCUGGAUGAUCAUCCUACUGAUGAGGAUGGUUCUGUGAUCUUGAGACCUGGCAACAAAUACGAAUACAAAUUUGGAUUUGAGCUUCCCCAUGGGCCUCUGGGGACCUCGUUCAAAGGGAAGUAUGGCUGUGUGGAUUACUGGGUUAAGGCUUUCUUGGAUCGCCCAUCCUGUCAGCCUCAGGAGAUAAAGCAGCACUUUGAGGUCAUGGAUCCUGUUGAUGUCAACACUCCGGACUUAAUGUCGCCAGUCGCUGCCAAGAAAGACAAGAAGGUGUCCUGCAUGUUCAUUCCUGAUGGACAUGUGUCUGUCAGUGCCAGGAUUGACCGAAAAGGAUUCUGUGAAGGUGAUGAUAUCUGCAUAAAUGCAGACUUUGAGAACAUCUGCUCCCGGAUCGUGGUACCCAAAGCAGCCAUUGUUUCCAAGCAUACCUACUUGGCAAAUGGGCAGACCAAGGUUUUGACCCAGAAACUUUCCUGCGUCCGAGGCAACCCCAUCAUUUCAGGCAUGUCUGAGAGCUGGCGGGGUAAAACUCUCCGGGUCAAGAAGAUCAAACCAUCCAUCCUGGGCUGCAUUAUCCUGCGUGUGGAGUACUUCUUGCAGAUCUAUGCCAGCGUCCCUGGCUCCAAGAAGAUAGUUCUGGAGCUGCCUCUCGUCAUCGGUAGCAGAUCUGGGUUUGCCAGCCGCAGCUCCAGCAUGGCUAGCCAGGCUAGCUCUGAAAUGAGCUGGGUGGACCUCAAUAUCCCUGAUGCUCCAGAAGCACCUCCAUGCUACCUGGACAUCGUUCCUGAAGAUCACCGUCUGGAGAGCCCCACUACUCCCCUUCUGGAUGAUCUUGACAGUUUCGACAGCCCAAUCUUCAUGUAUGCCCCAGAGUUCAAGUUCAUGCCUCCUCCCACCUACACAGAGGUGGAUCCCUGCAACGCUAACAACAAUGUGCAGUGAGUGCCAAGAAGCAGCCGUUCCUCUGUUUCUUCUACUUUCCUGGACUCACUUUCAAUCUGCAGUGAUUGUACCUAGCCAAAGUUCAGAACGGGGUUUCAAAGCCCUGAUGCGGGAAGAAAACGUCCGAAGGAAGCGUGGGGUAGGGCACCUUCUGCCAGGCUGAAAAAUCCCAGCCAGCACGGAAGAAGGCAGAUGUAAAAGGUCUUUCUUCUAAGAUGUGCUGUAUGCACAGACUUGAUGUGAUGAGCGAAAUGCCAUGUUGGUCAGAGGCUAUCGGGCCUUGCCUGCACUCCAGAGUCCUUAAGAAUCUCCCUGGAAAAUAAAUAGUUGCUUGUGUGGAAACUGUAAUGGGAGUACAUGGGGUGGAAAAGGUGUGUGCUCUGUGGAGAGCACUUAAGAGUUGAUUUGUUAGGGAGAGGCUCGAAGCCAGCAGAUUCUGACUUAAAAAAAAAAGGCUUCUAUGCCAGAAAAAUUACCAUCAUUGUGCCUUGAAUCUGUUAGUAUGUUGUGCUAAUGAUCAGUCACGUUUGAACACCUGAUCUAUUUCUCAGUGUUUUUGUUUUUUUAGUGUCUGAAGAUUUGAAUGAAACCUGCUAUCUUACGAUUGUAAACUUGUUACUCUGUAAGGAUUGUUACUUGUGCUUGAGCUAGCACCAUAAAUCUCAAAGCUUUUUACAAUCCUCCUGUUGAGGAUUUUGGGUGCUGGUGGAAACACUUCUGUGCCUUCUUGGCAAUAGGUAGAAGUCAAGAGAUCGAAUAGCAAUCGUUGAGGGGAAGAACUUAAGGUUUUAAUAUGCAAAGGAUAUUUAUGCAUGUCUGUCUUUUUUGUUCUAACAAGCAAACGAAAACGUUAUCCAGUCCAAAUGUCUCCAAAGCCAAGAUUUUAUACAGUCAGUUCAAAGCAGUGUCCUAUGGCUUGUUUUUAUUUCUUGGGUAGCAUUUAUUGUUUGACUUUUGAGUUUUCUGAAUCUGCUAAACAAGCGUAAGCUAAACUCCAUAAUCCUGUUGAGAAGAAUCACUAUCUCCGUCCUCCUUUGUUUUGAAUUUAUCUUCCUUUGUGCAGAUAAACCAAUGCAGCCCCCCCCCAAAAAA